CUUUCUCUCUCCAUCGCUCGGAGGACAAGAGUGCCCGCAGACGCAUUUCUCUCCAGAGCCCCCCCUCUUCCUCUUUCACUCUCUCUCACCCUGUCUAACUCUGUCCAUCUCGCUCCUACUCUCUGCUUUACACAUACACACAGUUAUUGUCAACAAAGCUGGAGAACGAGGGACGUGGGGGGCGAACGAGGGGACUGAAGGGUCCACAGGGGGAAGUAACACACCGGACCCGCCGCGCCGUUUCAGCCGGACUCUCGGAGGGGAGGACUGGAGGAUCGACGGAAGGCGAGAUUUGCCAAAGGUGACAGCGAACAGGGGCGGACACGCACGGGACAGGACUUCUUCCGUUCGUCUUCAUGGUGGUUUGGACACUCGUAGCAUGUAUGAGAAGUUAACCAUGCUGAACCUGCAGAGCGGCUCAAACUGGAGCGGGCCCAACAACUGGUACCACGACCCCACCAGCGUCCAGACGCAACACAGCACAGUGUCCGACGGCUGCCUGCUGGACACGGAGGGCAGCAUAGGGGGGGAGGCAGCGGGAGGGGGAACGGGCCGAGGGGGAGGAGUCCCCGUCGAGAGGGACGACGGCGAGGAGUCUCAGCUGAGGCUGCAGCUCAAGAGGAAGCUGCAGAGGAACCGGACCAGCUUCACGCAGGAGCAGAUCGAGGCUCUGGAGAAAGAGUUUGAAAGGACACAUUACCCGGAUGUAUUUGCGAGGGAGCGAUUGGCAAACAAGAUCGACUUACCAGAAGCCCGGAUACAGGUGUGGUUCUCGAACCGAAGAGCCAAGUGGAGGAGGGAGGAGAAGCUGCGCAAUCAAAGGAGGUCGGGGGCCGCCACUUCCUGUUCGCAGAGCCAAGCCCCUCUGACCACUUCCUUCAACACUUCCGUCUACCAUCAGCAGCACGCCAGCGGUUCAGGGUCCAUGUUGAGUCAGGCCGAGUCGUCUCUGCCCAGCUACAGCUCCCUGUCCGUGUUCUCAUCCGGAGUCCAGUCCAUUCCCCCCCAGUCGGCCUCCUCCUACUCCUGCAUGCUACCUCCAUCCCCGUCUGCCCCGCGCAGCUUUGACUCAUCGGCGUACUCUUCCCCUCACCUGCAGACUCCGUCCUCGGCCAACUCCAACACCGGGCUCAUAUCGCCCGGUGUUUCAGUGCCGGUCCAGGUGCCGGGAACGGAUCAGCAGAGCAUGAGUCACAACCUGGGUCAGUACUGGGCCAGGUUACAGUGAACAACAGACAAUGGCUGCCCCCCCCCACCCCCUUCCAACCCUCCAAAAAGGGGGCAUGUAACAAAAAAAAAAAAGUGAUGGGGAUGACACGGGUUUUAGGGAAGCACAGGACUGAGCUGUAUUGGGCCUCAACAAGUUGCAGACCCUGAAAUGCAUUAAAUGUUUACAAAUUCCAACAAGAGCCGCUUUGGUUGCACUCGACAGUACUUACUGGUCACACUGGUGUUUGCUUGGUGGUUUCAGGUUGCACUUUCUUCUGUUUGGAUGGUGUGUUAUUCAUAAGGCUGAGCCCGGGAUUAGAAAUAGGAUCAGUGUGAGGUGUGUGUAAGUGUGUAAUAAUAUCCGGAUUAGGAUGAGGCUUAAAUUUAAGUCACGGUUACAUUGUCUGCGGAGAUGCAACAUGUGUUCCAUCACCAGAUGGUUUAGGAUUAUCAAUUCUUCUUUAUUUUCUUACAUUUUGUCUUUUUCUUUACUAAAAAAGUAAAGUCAAAUGCAAAAAAAUAUAUAGGAGCGUUGAAACGAGCGUUGAAAAGUGUACUUUUGAGUUUACAGUAUUUAGUUACAUGUUGAAAUAAAUUGUAUCCGAGCUGACAUUAUUACAAACUUUCAGCCUAUAAACUUCUCCCAAAUCCAUUAAAUAAUAAUAAGAUAUGCCUUGAAUUUCAAAACAGUUGGUUAUUUCUUUUUCAUACAUGAUGAAUAAUAUGGUAGGAUUAUGUUUUUAAUCAAAUAAUGAGCGGAUUAUGUUUAUUAUCCCACCACAUAGAGAUGAACACUGUAGAGAUGUGCUAAGCAAAUGCCAGCAGAAGUCUGUAUUGUAAAGUGUAGCCACAGUUUCUCGUUACUUGAGCAGGUCGGUGAUGUUGUGAUAGCGAGUUUGUUCCAUAUACACAAACUGUGUGAGAAUACUUUGAAGACUUUUGACUUGCUAACGGCAAUCACUUUUACUAAGACCUAAACACUUAAAUCCCGCCUACCCAGCAUUAAUACGCCAAGACUGCAUAUUUUUGUACAGACAACCUGUGUGUGAGGAAGAUAACUGUGGAACAUUGUCAGAUGUUAUUGGAGGGGAAAAUGUUCGUUGGGGACUUAAAUGAUCCUCGAGCACAAAAACAAUACGAACACAACGAUAUGAUACAUUUACAGGUUCCCUAAGGGACUUGGGAAUGUCAUUUCCCUUUGUGUUAUAUAUACAGGGUAUAUAUAUAUAUAUAUAUAUAUAUAUAUAUAUAUAUAUAUAUAUAUAUAUACCUGAUCGAUCUAAAAACAGAAGCAGUUCCAUCGCAGGUUCAGCAGUGGGAAAUACCUUUGAUUGACAGGGAGUUUUUUUUUUUUUUGUACAUCACAAACGAACAGCAGCAGACAAUCAGGAAUCGUUCCACAGCAAACGAAGAGGCGGCCUUCAAACACGUCAGAGCGCGACAAUCAAAGCUGGGGGGGUAAAGGAGAUUUAAAAAUAAAAAAUAAAAAAAAAGGGAAAUCACUACAACGCAGCCAAAACAAUAGCAAUGACAUCAUCAAAUGCGCAUGACCAAAAAUAAGCCGCUGCAGACAAUCGGUUUCUUGCAGAAGUGAGUUGAGUAUAUUAUUACCGUACUUCAGGUUUCACCCUCUGCUCACUGUCCUCUAUUGGUUUUGUUGAUGCAUCUCAGUUUUAAUCUAAUAGGAAAUGUCUUUCAACUCUUAUUUAUUUGUCUUUUCACUCGUUCACACAAGUCCUCUGUGUCGUUUCUGUUGUCGUCGUGUGUUGUGUUAGUACCGUGCGGUCACCAAGAGUCAACCCUUUUGUGAAGGCCUUGGAUCCCUUUAAUGAAAAUAAAACCUUGUGGAAUGAAAA